CAAGUUUGUCUGCCAGAUCGAGAUUCACAAAAUGUUGACCAUUCUCCUCAGACUCCAAAGCUAGUUUGUCCAUCACAUGUAGAUUUACAGGAAAUGGACCUUGCUCUUCACACUCCACAAGGAAUAGUCAAUGAAACUGCACAUAUAGACAAAGUGUCAGGAAGGUCAUUUGGAAAAGUCAAGAUGAAAAGACAGGGAGUGGCUGUUUCAAAGAAGCUGAAAUUUAACCCAAGAGUAAGAACAGGAAUGAGAGUUUGUGCUGACCAUGGCUGGCAAAAAAGGGGAUUUGAUAGUCUAACAGGUAUUUAAAGAACACGGAUUAUCCCCUGGUCAUCAUACACUGAAAUAUUCGGAGAAGAUGGACAUGGAAAGACAAAAGAGACAGGAAAGAUCAAAGUUGCCUGGAAAGAAGCGCCGUCGAUUGGAAUCGAAGCAGGAGAGAAUUACCCAAAAAGGAGCCAAUGAAGCAGCUGAAGGAGAUACAUAUCAAUCAGAAGUUGGACUUUCUGACCAAGUCGACAUCCAGACUAUUCCUGAUGCAGUUCCCAAACCAGGAUUCACCAAAGUCGACCACCUGAACGAAGUUCAAGAGAAUAGGGUCAUUAUCGACCUAGAAACUACAGGAUUGAUUCAGCGUGGACUAAUGCCUCAUAUCACACAGAUUGCUGCACAAGUUAUGGAUUCUGAUGCCGAGUUUUCAUGUUAUGUUUCACCUAAAGUACCCAUCAAUGAAAAUGCUGAGCAGAUAACUGGGAUAUCCUGGGAUGGUGAACACAUGACUGUGCACGGAAAGCAAGUGGCAACUGUAUCAAUAACAGAAGCACUUUCAAACAUUUAAAUUUUUUUGAAGAACAUAAGCAAUGUUGUUUUGAUUGCACAUAAUGGAAGAGUUUUUGACUACCGUGUUCUAUCCUAUGCUAUAUGUAGAGUAGGAAUGAUGAAUGAAUUUUCAAAUCAUGUUUUAGCAUUUGUGGAUUCUUUGUCAUCAUUGCGUUCAAAAGUUCCAAAACUUGGUUCUUAUAAGCAAGAAUUUCUAGCAGAAUAUUUCUGUCAAGAAUCUUACAAUGCUCAUAUGAUGCAGUUGAUGAUGUCAAAAUGCUAGCAAAGAUUUUGGGUGCAAGUGGCAUGACAAAAGCAGAUUAUGUAAAACAUUCUUAUGCAUCAAAUUGUCAUUUUUUACAAGAAGAGUUCAAUCUUGCCAAGGCCAAAAAUAUUGGCACCCUACAUUGUCUUGUUGCCAGUGGUGUACUCAAAUUAGCUACUGCAGAAAAUAUAGCAGGCUCUGGUCUAAAUCU